AUGUUGGCUUCUGGGCAGGUUUUCAUGGAUGGUUUCAAUAAGGGAAUGGCUGAAGAAGUGACUAAAGAUAACACGCAUAAUGUCAUGAAAUUUGAUCGCGAAAUAUUCUAUUUCAUGGUCCAUGAAAAAAUUAAUCAGAAUGAUGAUCGGUCUACAGGUACUUUCAGCAUUAACCUAAGGAAGCGGUGGUGUGAUUGUGGGAAAUUUCAAGCAUUUCACUUACCUUGCUCCCACGUCAUCGCAACAUGUUCUAGUAUAUGUCGGGAUUACUCCAUUCACAUUUCAAACGUCUUCAAAAUUCUUAACGUAUUCAAGGUCUACAAGGAAAGCUUCCUUGGGCUACCCCAUAAAGAGAACUGGCCACGAUAUGAAGGAUUUACUCUUUGUCAUGAUGAAUCUAUGAAGAGGAAGAAGAAGAAGGGACGUCUAACCAGUACUUGGAUUAGAACCGAAAUGGACAACGUUGAAAAAGUAAAUAGAAGGUAUGGCAUUUGUCGAGAAAUAGGCCAUAUGAGUAGAAAAUGUACAAAUGUAGUCGGCCCAUCUAAUCAACCUGUCUAG